AUGGCUGACGACAGUGGACUGGCCGCCGUCGUGCUGCCUCCGCCGAGUAUCUCUGUCAAUUCCUCUACCGUGUCUCUGGCCUCUCUUGCCUCAUCGUCAGUGUCGUCUUCCCUCUCAUCGGUUCCUUCAUCGCCGGCGUCGACUGCUGCGCUGCCUUCUGUGUCGUUUUCUGCCUCCCCCUUCAUUCUGGUCACCGGCGCCCUUGGCUUCAUCGGCAGCCAUACCACCCUCGAGCUGCUCAAGGCGGGACACCCCGUCCUGUGCGUCGACAAUCUCACCAACAGCUUCCGCCAUGUGUUCGACAGCAUCCUGUGCGCGGCCCACGACCAUUUCGCCCUCGUCGGCGGCUGCUGCCCCGCCGCAGAACUGUACUGCAUCGACUACAGCGACGAGCCGGCCAUGCGCGCCCUGCUGGACGUACAUGCGCCUGCCAUCGGCGGGGUGAUCCAUUUCGCGGCGUGCAAACAGGUCGAAGAGAGCCUGCUGAAUCCGCUGAAAUACUACCGCAACAACAUCGCGGGGCUGAUCACCCUGUUGACUCUGCUGGAUGAGUACGAGAUUCGGUUCUUUGUCUUCUCCUCCUCGGCCACCGUAUACGGCGACAGCAACAACAACAACAACAACAGCAGCAGCAGCAGCAGCAGUGGCAACGGCAAGAUGGUCUCCGAAGACAAACCUAUCAAGGAGACCGACCCGCUCAACCCACCCCUAAACCCUUACGGCCGCACAAAGGCCAUGGGGGAAGACAUCCUGGCCGAUCUGGCCCAAUCCAACCCGUCCUGGACGGUGGUUGCCCUGCGCUACUUCAACCCGAUCGGCUGCGACCCGUCCGCCCUGCUGGGCGAGAACCCGCGCACCCCGACCGUCUCCAACCUGCUGCCCGUCGCCCUGCGCGUGCUCGACGGCCGCCAGUCCGAACUGCACAUCUUCGGCAACGACUGGGCCACCCCGGACGGCACCCCGAUCCGCGAUUUUGUCCAUGUCUCGGACAUUGCCGUCGGCCAUCUGGCCGCCCUUGCCGGCGCCCGCGACGGCCGCAUCGCCCCGGGCUCCCUGCGCACCUUUAACCUCGGCUCUGGCCGCGCCCACUCCGUCCUCGACCUGCUUGACGCCCUCGAGUCCGUCACCCAGAAGCCCAUCCGCCGCCGCGUCGUCGGCAGGCGCCCGGGAGACGUCGGCGCCAGCGUCGCCUGUGUCGACCGCGCCAGGGACCAGCUGGGUUGGAAGGCAGAACGCUCAUUGCGAGAAGCCUGCGAGGAUGUCUGGCGUGGCGCACCUCCAACCAAUAAUGCAAAUGUGCCUCUUUUGCCCUGCUCGUAUGUCAUAUGCCGCCAAAAAGGCGCCUCUCCCAUCGUGGCUGAAACCUGGCCAGUUGCCAGCUUCUAUUCGCCGAUUCCCUUUGCCGCCCUGCCUCAUACCACCGAUACAGCCAUUGCUUAG